AUGGAUGGUUGUCAAUACCUGCCUUUUCGGGCCCAAUUACGGAGGGACAAAAACAUGGGCUCGGCUUUUGUUGUUGUUCAGUUCAGCCAGCCUCUUUCCAUGUCCACCUACCAAAUCCGGUUUAGUCUCCUUCCUUUAGGAUUCCCUAACUUGGAUUCUGGCCGUGUUGACGAACCGGCCAAUUGUGUCCACAGUAUUGGUGUUUUUUUUUUGUUUACUAAUGAUCCAUGGGGAUGUCAGGGGGAUGGAUGGAUGACCAAAAUACCCUCCCUUAUCGGUGUUCGCCGUUUAAUCAACCGCAUCAUGGCGAUUCCUCUCCUGCAUGUGGCCCCCCGACAAUGUACAUAUUCGGUAUCCGAGACCGAAGUAUCCCCAUCUUUUCAUAACUUCGCUACUGUCGCAAAUGACGACUACCAAACACCACUUAGUCUACCUCUCCCAUAA